CCCAUCAUAAAACAGCUGUCAGAUUCGUAUUAGUUUCAGAUAGCGAAUAAUCAGUGCGAGUAAUUGAAAAAUUGAAACAAACAUUUGAAGCAGAAAAAUGUCAUCGUGGCGCGAUGUUAUGAAACUAUCGUUUAUAUCUUUUGUUUACCUAUGCUGCCUCAGCAUCAGUGCUAAUUAAAUGCGGGCACUUUAUUCAACAAUUUAUCAACAAAUAUCGCGGGCUAAGAGAGUAAAGUGGAGAAUUUUAAAUUCAUAAAUAUAAUUUUAUCAGUUCUAAGAAUUUCGUAAACAAAAAAAAAAAAAAUUUGGACAAACAUGAGCCGGAACGUGUUGAAGAGUAGCAUCCACAGUGCAUCGAUUAACAUAGUAUUUCAGAUUAUGAGCCGAUGCAUCACGUUUGGAAUAAAUUCAUUUGUUAUACGGAUUGUCGACCGCGAAGCGCUUGGCAUAAUGAAUGUUCGGCUAUUGUUAUUAGAAGGAUCACUCGCGUUUCUGUCGCGUGAGGCGAUUCGGCGAGCAACACUUAGCUCAACCGCAAAUCCGCAUGAGAAACACAUAUGGCCGCACAUCAUAAAUCAGCUGUGGCUAUCGUUGCCGAUUUAUUGCAUUUUCUCUGGGCCAUGUUUGUAUAUUUGGUUUAAUCAGUCUAUCUUCGGAUCACCGAUAGCUGAUGAACUUUAUGAUCAGUACAAAUUCGGGUGCAUAUGCAUCGUCGUCUCGGGUAUUAUCGAACUGUUGGCUGAGCCACAGGUGUUUGUUGCCCAAGUAUUUUGUUUUGUAAAACUUCGUGUUGUGCUCGACACACUGCACAUUUUCGUGCGAUCAACACUGUUUAUUGCACUAGUUCUGCGUGAUCCGAACCAGGCGAUUUUUGCCUUCAGCAUCGCUCAAGUUGGCAGCACAGCCACAUUUGCUAUUGGUUAUUAUGUAUACUUUAUUUAUUACAUCAAUCGAUUGAAUGAGGUGAAAGGAGACAAAAAACAUGCCGCCGACAAAACGGACGAUGGGCUAACAACAGAUGAAAAGAAACCCGAAUCCGACGAUUCCAUUCCAUUUAACAGUAUUAAACAAAUGUUACCCGGAUAUUUAGAGAACUCGGGCACGAUAUUCAAUGAGAAUCUGCAGACAUUGGUGUUGAGCUUCUUCAAGCAAGGUUUUCUCAAGCAAGUUUUAACCGAAGGUGAGAAAUAUGUAAUGACGAUCAGUCCAAUUAUGACAUUCUCUCAGCAAGCCACCUAUGACAUUGUAAAUAAUUUGGGAAGUUUGGCGGCACGAUUCGUGUUUCGACCAAUCGAAGAAAAUAGCUAUUUCUACUUCACACAAACUCUCUCAAGAGACAUUCCUCUGAAGCAACAUUCACGAGAAAAAAUCGAACAGGCCAGCUCCGUGCUGUACAAUCUAUUGAAAGUUGUUACAUCAAUUGGAUUGAUUGGAAUGGUAUUUGGGCAAAGUUUUGCGAAAACAGUACUUACUCUCUACGGUGGUUCCCGUUUUGUUGAAGACGAUGGCCUCUCUGUGAUUCUUCUGCGAUGGCAUGCUGUAGCUAUUAUUCUGUUAGCUAUCAAUGGCAUUUGUGAAGCGUAUAUGUUUGCUGCAAUGACAAGCACUGAACUGGACAGAUAUAAUUAUCACAUGGGAUUCUUAUCCGUAACAUUUCUGUUUUUAUCAUAUCAACUGACGAGCUUCUUCGGUCCGGUGGGUUUCAUUCUUGCUAAUUGUACUAAUAUGUUUUUGCGAAUAAUAUUCAGCGGCAUAUACAUUCGGACGCAAUACCAAUCGGUUGAUCUCAAGCCCUUGGAUGGUAUAAUUCCAAACAAACUUUUUGCAAUCACUUUGACAGUUUUGGGUAUCACAUGCAUAAUUUCAGAGAAUCGUCUAUUUCGUCAUUCGAUAUUGGCCCAUGUUGUGGUUGGUGCUAUUUGCUUUGCUUGUACAGCUGGUGUCUGGGCGUAUGAAAAUCGAACUUUAAUUCGAAGUUACAUUUUAAAGCGAGGAAAAAGCUUAUGAACUGCAUGCAGUGUUAAGUCAAAAAACCACGUACCAAAAAAUUGGACUAUGCUAUUGUACAAAAUUCCUUUGAGAUUUUCAUGCACAAAAAAAUAAACAACGAGCAGAGCUUAGUUAAUUGCUGUAUACAACAAUUUAUUUUCUGUAAAACAAAAACUGAAUGAAACACAGUCAGGUACAGAAUAUUUGUUUUUAAAUGUGUAAUAAACAUUGUAUUCAUGAAAAA